AGAGAGACAAUGCUGUAAAAUAAUUUGCAAGUGCCCAAGGCGAUCAGGAAUAAGAGGAAAUCCAGGAGAAAAAGGAUCUUUGGGGCAAAAAGGUCAAGAAGGAGUUCAAGGACAUGGAGGUGAAGAGGGAAAAGAGGGUAGCAGGGGAGGUCCAGGUAUUACUGGAGCUCGAGGAGAAGAUGGAUGCCAAGGUCCCAAUGGCCUCAAGGGAUCAAACGGGCGUAGAGGACAGAAGGGUGACACGGCUGCCAAUGGUUUGGAUGGAAUAGUUGGAGAGGAGGGAGAUCUUGGAAUUCCUGGAGUCGAUGGAGAAAAAGGGGCUGAUGGAAAUACAGGAAGCAAAGGCAGUCGAGGACCUAAAGGUGACCGUGGAGAACCAGGUCUACAAGGGGACUCAGGUGCACCUGGUGUAGAUAAUUACUCUCAAGGAAGGAAGGGUGACAAAGGACAACGUGGUAUACAGGGUGAAUUUGGGCAAAGAGGUAGACCAGGUAAGGUUGGUCAAGAUGGAAAUAAGGGACAACCUGGUCGGAGAGGAGCUAUGGGUAUUGAGGGUCGCAGUGGACAACCUGGUACCAGAGGAUCCCUUGGGCCCCCUGGAUUCCAAGGCCAAAAGGGAACUAAGGGAAUUUUUGGUUUCCCUGGAAGAAAAGGAGAGAUUGGAUUGUCAGGACCUCAGGGCUCAAUUGGAGAUAAAGGCUUCAGAGGUCCCAAAGGAAGUGAUGGAUUCAAAGGGCAAAAGGGUGAAGAUGGACCAGAGGGUCAGAAAGGAGAGUUUGGAAGAACUGGAGUUCGUGGACUACAGGGCAUGGAUGGAAUUGAUAUGGUUGGAAAUCCUGGACCAAAAGGACGAAAGGGACAAUCCGGAUUCCCUGGUUAUUCUGGUCCACAGGGACCAGAUGGUGACCCUGGAACUCCUGGUGAAAGAGGCCCUAACGGAUCAAGAGGACGCAGGGGUGACUCCGGUCAACCUGGUGAGCCUGGAAACCCAGGAGAAGGAGGAACUCCGGGAACAAGGGGUUUGAAAGGAUCACCAGGGCAAGCACGCAUGAACUCAUGUGAACUCCUGUUAUAUAUUCGAAACAAUUGCCCUUGCUGUUCAUCAAGUGAGUGUUUUUGCUCUUUUUUAAUUUACAAUUGCAUUAUUUUAAUUCAUUUAUCAAGUCUUUAUACCUCUAUUCUAACACAGGGGAACUGCACUGUUGAAAGCCUAUAUUUUCUUGUACUUGUUGCUUUUUGUGCAGGGUGAGGGGAAUUUGAGAGGGUGUUGGU